AUGGGUCUUCUUCAGUUCCGUUCAUCGGUGUUUUCUGACGAGACCCUGAAAUCCAAGGUGUUCAAGGGGACAUGCCUUCUGAUCGAGCUGGAUAGACAGGGGGAUAGCUAUUCCGACCCCACCCUGUUAAGAAGCUCUAUUAAGCUCUUCCACGACUUAAAGAUUUACACCAGUCAAUUUGAACCAUCAAUGCUCGAGACUUCAGCGGCAUAUUAUAGAUAUUGGGCAGCAACCCAUGUAGCUGAAGACGACUUGGCAAGCUAUGUGGAAAAGUCGUAUCGGCUCAUUGAGCGGGAAAUGGCUCGGUGUGAUCUCCUCUCAUUCGACAGAGGGACCAAACAGAAGUUAGCCGAGCUUCUCGAUCAUAAUCUGAUGGCUAAUCAAAAACAGUUCCUUCUCCAAGAGACAGAUCUCAUUGGUCUCCUCCGAGCAAACAAUGCCACCGCUCUGGAACGGUUGUUCUCGAUGCUUGAACGGAAGGGUAUGGGCGUGGAUGUAAAGUCUGCGUUUAGUAAAUAUAUUGUCCAACAGGGUUCCUCCAUUGUCUUUGACGAAGCGCGUGAGGCUGAAAUGGUCACUAGACUACUUGCUUUCAAGCAAAGCCUAGAUCAUAUCUGGAGAUUUUCGUUUCAUAAUCACGAACAACUCGGCCAUACUCUUCGUGAAUCCUUUGAAACUUUUAUCAACCAGCAUAAGAAGACUGAUUCUAAUUGGGGGACAGACAACCCCAAGCCCGGUGAGAUGAUUGCAAAGCACGUCGACUUGUUGCUCAAGGGAGGAGUGAGAGCACUCCAGAAUCGUCCAGUUGAAGACAUCACCGGUAACUCCAGUCUUACCGAUGAGGAUGCAGAAAUUAAUAAACAGCUCGAUCAAGUCUUGGACCUCUUCCGAUUCGUGCAUGGCAAAGCCGUGUUCGAAGCCUUUUAUAAGAAUGACCUUGCAAGAAGACUCCUAAUGGGCAGGAGUGCCAGUGAUGAAGCAGAGAAGAGCAUGCUCUCAAGGCUCAAGUCAGGUCUGUAUCGUCUCGACGCAUUGUGCAUUUGGGGCUAG